GAUGGACUGCAGCCCUGGUACCCACUAUCAGCUGUGCAAAACAUAACUCUCGCAUGUGGACUAAAUUCUGCUUUUAUUAGCUGUUUUGACUGUGAUUAUCAAUAAGAAUGCUGCUGAAACAGUUGCCACAGGCUGUGCAACAGCUGCGCUGCAUUUCCUCAGCCACGACAGCGGUGACCAGGCUGCAUCGUUCCGUCUACUGCCGUUUGUAUCCCACGGUCGUCGUCCAGCCGGAUGGAUCCACUAUUAAUAUCCGCUACCACGAGCCACGCAAAAUCAUCAAGUUGCCUUUGGAUUUGACCACUUUGUCGGACGCCGAGCGAAGGUCCCGCCUGGAGGCGCGUAAACCGCGCAAGAAGGUCAGGAUUAUGGAGGAGGUGGAGGACAACUUCAAUGCCAAGAAGUACAUGAACUUUAUCAAGAAGAAGAAGUAUCUGGUAGCUCACUUUGCGUUCCACAGCGCUGCCACAUCCGAAAAUAAAGGUCACAGGAGGACUUCAAUCAUUUAAAUUAAAAGAGUUUCCUAACGGCUUACCACAUUACUAGUUUUUUGUUUAUCGAAAAUUUUU